GAACACUAUAUGGUCAUAUAUUCAUAUCUUGAUUACAGGUUAACAUUGUGUGGCUGAGAAAUCAGUUAAAUACAUAUGGUCACAAGGCUGAGUCUGUUCUGAUCCAUGGUGCACAUCCCAGUGACACUAAUUGGUGAGCCUGGAACUAUGAAAAUGUCAGUGAAUAAUGUAGACAGUGUUUAGGCAACAAAUGGCAUGUGUAAAAAUUCAGGGGACAUUUAGAAAUGCACUUGCAGGAAGCAAACUGAUGAAACCCAACUGUCGUCAUGCACCUUACAGGUUGUAAAUAUCAAUCUUAGAACAAUUAUGCGGCAAAAUUAUAGGUACAACUAUAAAUGUCCUUAUUGUAGGACAUAGCCAUUGCAAACAUUGCUGUAAUCAUUGUGCCAUAUUUUAGAUUUUUCAUUGUCAGUAGUAUAUUAACACUUUUAUAGUGUUAAUGUUGCAACUCCUUUGAGAGUAAUUAAAUGACACUAUAAAAUUAAUUAAUUAGAGUUUGUUUUUUAAAUAAGCUCAGAUAAUAUAGAAGCAAGGAAAGCCAGCGCCGCCGCCCCCCCCCCCAGCAGUCGUGCGAGCUCCUGUUCAUAUCAAGGAUAGCCAUUGGCACGACACCUGUCGACUCGUGAGAACGGUUCCAGGAUGGCAGCAGUUCUCCCGUGGUUCUUCCUGGUAAGCCCAGUGGUGCUUGCUGCAAGCAUGACAGUCAAUGAGGCCAAUGGGACAGUACCUCUGGUUCUGUGGCAUGGGAUGGGUGAGAGCUGUUGCGAUCCUGUCAACAUGGGCGCGAUAAAGCAGAUGAUCGAGCAUAUGAUCCCGGGCAUUUACGUGCUUUCACUGAUGAUUGGCAAAAAUGUUGAAGAGGACACAGAAAAUAGCUUUUUCAUGGAUGUGAAUCAGCAGGUGUCCAUGGUGUGCAGUCAGCUUGCUCAGGAUCCCAAGUUGAAGGGAGGAUACAAUGCCAUGGGCUUUUCCCAGGGGGCGCAAUUUCUGAGAGCCGUGGCUCAGAGAUGCCCUUCUCCGCCAAUGAAAAAUCUCAUCUCUGUCGGUGGUCAGCACCAAGGCGUGUACGGGCUGCCAAAGUGUUCAGGAGGGAGUUCACACCUUUGUGACUUUAUUCGAAACCUCCUUAACUCUGGACCGUACAACAACCUGAUUCAAACGACCCUGGUGCAGGCCCAGUACUGGCAUGACCCGUUAAAUGAUGACCUGUACAAGCAGCGCAGUCUCUUCCUGGCUGAUAUCAAUCAGGAAAGGGUGGUAAAUGAGACUUAUAAGAAGAAUCUUCAGAUGCUGAACAAGUUUGUCAUGGUGAAGUUCCUGCAGGACUCUGUGGUCGAUCCUGUGGAUUCUGAGUGGUUUGGCUUCCUAAAAACUGGGCACACCAAAGAGACUGAAACUCUACAGGAGAGCGUUCUCUACAAAGAGGAUCGUCUGGGCCUGGCCGCAAUGGACAAGGCAGGAAAGCUCGUUUUUCUUGCAACUGAUGCAGACCACCUCCAAUUGGCAACAGAAUGGUUCAAUACCAACCUGCUGCCUUACUUACGCUAGAAAACACUGCUGGUGAAAAGACAUCUACAUUACUUGGCGUGGAGAUGCUGGAGGCAAACAAUUCCUGCCUGUUGCACUAAAGAUCUGUAGCAUGCUGAUGGGGUGGGGUUAAUUGUGAAGCUAAUUUCUACCAAGUCUACUGUUAGUUGUUUUCUGCUACAUGUAAUUGAUUGUGGCGGUGCGCCACUACAAAAUAAAAGCCUCCACAUCUUACAAAUGAGUUUAUUAACUUGAACAAUGCUAAUAUAUUUUAUGAAUGGAUAUACUGUAUAUGCUAUAUAGAUACAAA